CAGAUGCUUUGAAAACAUUUGGAAGGAAACCUAAUUUUAACAGCACUCACCCCCACCCCAAAAGAAGAGGACCAACAAAGCGGACUCCACGCCCCCAUAAAGUCAGCCUACUAAAACGCCUUUACGAACCGUUUGGCGUCCGCCAUUCCUCUCUCUAUCUUCUUCCUCUCCUUCCAUGGACUGCCGUCAAUCCCUUCGCCACCAUCUUCCCCACUGAACACAAAACCCUAAUUUUCUCUCUUUAUAUCUUUCCUUACUCUGAUCUCCUCACUUUGUCUCUCUAUUGCAACUCCAAAAAACCAGGGGUAGGGUUUUCCCCUAAUGGCAUACCGUAGAGCCCUGUCCUCUCUCAUCAGGGGUGCCAAAACCGUCAGAUCUCAACCGUCGAGCCUCAUCAAUAGAGGACCAGAGCUUUACAGGCCGAUAUCAUCUUCUUCGGGCCUUCUUCUCGACAAAGUUGCACAGUAUGCGACAUCGGCCGCUGCAACUCCGUCGCCUCCACCCCCUGUAGCAACUCCUCCCGGUAUUGGUAAAUAUGGACCUCUUGGUACGAUCACUGAUGAGUUCACGGGGGCUGGAGCCAUUGGGAAGGUCUGUCAGGUGAUUGGAGCAGUGGUGGAUGUGAGGUUUGAUGAGGGGUUGCCUCCGAUCUUGACUGCAUUGGAGGUUUUGGAUAACUCCAUAAGGUUGGUUUUGGAGGUGGCUCAGCAUUUGGGGGAGAAAAUGGUGAGGACCAUUGCUAUGGAUGGGACUGAUGGGCUUGUCAGGGGCCAGAGGGUGCUCAACACUGGUUCUCCCAUCAAGGUACCAGUGGGUAGGGCUACACUUGGUCGCAUUAUCAAUGUCAUUGGGGAACCCAUUGACGAUAGGGGUGAAAUAAAGACUGAUCACUAUUUGCCUAUCCAUCGUGAAGCUCCUUUUGUUGAACAAGCAACUGAGCAAGAGAUUCUUGUUGAUGGCAUCAAGGUACCAUGCACAUGGAAGUUCACAAAAGUCUUCACAACAAGAAUUUUGGAUGAUGGGGUUAUUGAGGAAAAGGAUCAGGCACGUAUAGAGGACAAAAAUUUGCACAUAGUUUUUGUCUUAGGGGGUCCUGGUAGUGGGAAAGGUACUCAAUGUUCAAAGAUCGUUGAUACCUUCGGAUUUUCACACCUUAGUGCUGGAGAACUCUUGAGGAGAGAGAUGUCUUCUGAUACUGAAAUUGGGGCUAUGAUUUGUGAUACCAUCAAGGAGGGGAAGAUUGUUCCUUCUGAAGUCACAGUAAAGCUGUUGCAUAAACACAUGGAGGCCAAUGAGAACAAUAAAUUUCUGAUUGAUGGGUUUCCUCGAACUGAUGAAAAUCGCGUCGCGUUCGAACAAUUUAUUGGAGUAGAACCGGUCUUUGUACUAUAUUUUGAGUGUCCUGAGGAAGAGAUGGUAAGACGGGUUCUUAGCCGUAAUGAGGGCCGCAUUGAUGACAAUAUAGAAACGAUAAAGAAACGUCUGAAAGUUUUCAGGAAAUUGAAUCUCCCAGUUAUCAACCAUUACUCUGCAAGAGGAAAGGUUCACAAGAUCAAUGCAGUGGGAACGAUAGAUGGGGUUUUUGACAAUAUUCGGUCUCAUUUUGUUGCAUAUGAGGGGACAAGCUGGCCUAACAGUGGUAACCGCUUUCUUGAGAACAAUGGACCAUUACGCAGUGGGGGCUGUUCUGUCCCAGGCAGGACGAUCAGACCUAAUUCAUGCUUCCACAUGAAUACAUACUGACAUGAAGGAAUAAAGGCACAUGCAUCUCAGUGCAGAUUUUCUACUUAAACAUCAAAUAUUGAUUGAGGCACACAAAAUGUAUGCUUCUGUUAUUUAUUUCUUGAAAGAUAAAGGGGAUAAGAGUCGCAGCUUUAGAGCUUAAAUCUCCGCAUUUUGUUUUAAGUUGGGUUCUAUUAAAAUGCCCUCAAUUUUUUUCUUGUUGAUACAGCUAUGUUUGUAAAGAUCGUCUCCAAGAACCAGUACCAUGGAUUACCGCCUCUUCUCAGUGUGAUGCUAAGCAUGAGCCUCCUUGAGACAAUGUCAUAUCCAUGUUGAAAUCCAUAUGCUUGGUUCUUGUUGUAAUUUCCUUUUGGUAACAUGAAGAAACCUAACUUCCUCUUGCCGGAGCAUUAAAUGGUCUUGCUAUGGUGUUUUCUUA